AUGUCCUGGGACCCUCAGAAAUCGAUCAAGAUCCUCCAGCAGGCAGAUGGGCAUGGAGGAUCUAGACAAGGCACCCAGAGGUCUUCCCAUGGACCGUCCACGCAAACUACCAGCUCAGCACGACCCUCACAAAUGCAGGUCGCCGCACCCAGCCAGGACCAUGAUGCAUCAUCAUGCCCAGUCAACACCGUUCGUGCAUCGAAAAUGCAAGUAGCUGCGCCAGGACAAAGUGUGGUCUACGGUCGCAGCGAGAACCUUGAAGAUUAUGCCCCAAUAUCGCGUCUCUCACCCGCAAUGUCUAGCGUGUGUAACAUCCAGCCGACUUUCCAAGCGACACCACCGCAGCAGACUUCCUGGUCAACCAAUACAACGCGUGGGACGCUACACAGUCAAGUACGACAGCCCACAUCAUACUAUCAUCCACAACUCACGUCGCUUCCGGAGCAAAUGCCUACAUCAUAUCGGGGAGUCCAAAGCACCUCGAUUCAGCAACAACAACCUACAUCAUAUGGGGGAGCGCAAACGAAAUUCAAUCUUCCACAACAGAGUACAGUGUAUCAUACGCAGAACGACGACAAGGAGCUCAAACUCGUAUUAUACGCCCUGGAGAACCUCAUCACUUUGGUAGUCGAGCAGACUAUGAGCGUGGCGAGCUCCACUGCACACUGUGCCGGUGCCACAAUCCUGACAGCCACGGCGAUGCCUACACUAUGCUAA